AAGGAACGAAUUGUAAGUCAUGCGCACAAUUAAAUUUUUUUUUCUUGCAUGUCAUGUGCGGGGCUCUACGGAGCAGCAUAAAAAUAGUAGGCUAAAUUGUGCACACGAUUUACUAAUUCGUUCCCUCGAUUUACUAAAUCGUGCACACAAAUUACUAUUUCGUUCCCUCGGUUUACUAAAACGUGCGCACGAUUUACUAUUUUGUUCCCUCAGUUUAUAAAUAUGUGCAUGAUUUCUAAAACGAUAGAACGAAAUAGUAAAUCGUGCGCACAAUUUAAUUUUUUUUCUUGCAUGUCAUGUGCUUACUUUACAUUUACCAAAAAUAGAACUUUUUAAAAUAGAACAGCCCAGCCCAGAUGAUAAAAAGUAACGAAAAAGUAAUGUAAUACAUUACUUUACAUAAAAAGUAACUUAGUAACGCAAUUACUUACUUUUUAGGCAGUAACGCAAUAUUGUAAUCCAUUUUAAAAGUAACUUUCCCCAACACUGUUCAUCAUUGUAAAUCACACACAGUGUUGGGUGUACUGCAUUACUAAGUAAUUAAUUAGGCCUACUGUAAUUUAAUUACUUUUCCCUUAAAAAAAAAGUAGCAUAAAGUAAGGGAUUACUCUUACUUUUUUUUGUAAUUUAAUUACUUCUGAUGUAAUUGUAUUAAUAGACUACAGAACAAUUCUAUAUAAAUCAAUAGUGGAUUUAACAUCAAAAGUUAAUGUCUAAUGACAAAAUGUAUGCUUUUAAAGUAACCCUCUCCCUUAUUUGAAUUGUAUUGUUCAACUGGUCGAGGUUGGUAUGGGAUUUACAAAUAGGCUAGGGUAAUUAGUAAGUAGCUAAUGCAAUACUUUUUAGAGAGAGUAAUUUGUAGGCUAAAGGAAUCCAAUUAGACAGUGUUGAAGAUGUAAUUAGCUAGUAGCUAAUUAAUUACUUUUGAGUAACUUACCCAUCACAUAUCACACAGAACUUGAGAAACAACCGCUGUUGUGAGCACCGUGUUUCCAUCGUGGCCCCUAGCGGUUGUGUGUGUGUGUGUGUGUGUGUGUGUGUGUGGUGGGAAGAGCGCUGAGCGAUUGUCCAGUCUGUCUCAGUGUGCUCCCAGUUGAGGAUACCAGCUCCAGGACUCUAGGAUGCUCGAUUAUUUCAGUUUGCAAGGAGAAAACAUUUAGCGCUUUCACAAAGAUAUAUUAACUACAGCCCCACUCGUGUAUAAUGAAGUGAUCGGACCCUUUGAAGUGGACGGUGGGCCCCUGAAACCUGCUCACCACAAGCCCUGAAGUGUGUUUGCUGCAUGUGGAUGCUGUAAACGAUGUGCUGCUCCGUGGCACUUCUGCUCUGCGGUGUGAUCGUGUCUCUGAACGGCGCAGCAUCUCUGGACCUGCAGCCCGACAUGCCGAAUGUGUGUGAGGAGCAGGAGAUGUCUAUGCUGGGAGUGAAGCAACCGUGUGUUCAGGCGUUCACUCGUAUGGUGAAGGUGUUGCGGCAGGGCUGCUCUUCUCAGCGCUGGUGCAUGGGCUACGAGAGGAGGACAGGCUAUUAUACAGUGUAUAGGCAGGCGUAUAGUAUGGAGAUGCAAACUGUCUACAGGUGCUGCCCGGGAUGGAUGCAGAGAGGGGAAGAGAGAGGCUGUCUUCAUAGAGUGUGUUCUUCUGGUACCUGCUUUAAUGGUGGGAAGUGCUCUGAGACCAGUGAUCAGCUAUGUCAGUGUCCAGAAGGGUUUGAGGGAACGCGCUGCCAAUACGAUAUAAACGAGUGUGCGGAGAGUAAUGGCGAAUGUGAAGGCACGUGCUGUAAUACUAUCGGCAGUUAUUACUGCAGGUGUCCUGAUGGUAGUAAACUCGGAGAUGAUGGGAAAUCCUGCCAUGAUGAAGAUGAGUGUGAGGAGCUGAACGGUGGUUGCCAGCAGACGUGUGUGAACACACUGGGUUCGUACCACUGUGAGUGCAGCGAGGGUUUCCGCAUACACGCCGAUGCUCGCACAUGCAUAGUGGUCAACUCUUGCUCCGUAAAGAAUGGCGGCUGUGAACACAGGUGUGUCGAUUUGGGAAACGAGCAGUACAAGUGUGAAUGUCGCAGCAACUACCAGCUCACAAGAGAUGGAAAACACUGUGAAUUGAAGGACCCCUGUAAGGAACAUAAUGGUGGAUGUCCUCAUAUCUGCAGUAAUGUGAAUGGACAGGUGCAGUGCAGCUGCAGACCAGGAUAUAAACUGGCAGCUGACUUCAGGAGAUGUGACGACAUUGAUGAAUGUGUGUCUGGUCAGGCUAAAUGUGCUCACGGCUGUGUUAACGUGCCGGGAUCGUUCCGUUGUGUGUGUAAUCCAGGAUUCGAGCUGGGCGCUGAUGGGAAACAGUGCUAUCGUAUAGAGAUGGAGAUCGUGAACGGCUGUGAGAAAAACAACGGUGGCUGCUCUCAUCACUGUGAGCACACCACCAGCGGGCCCCUGUGCUCCUGUAACCAAGGUUACCAGCUCGCUGAGGACCUCAAGACGUGCAUAGACACUGAUGAGUGUGAAAACGGGGAGGCGUGCUGUAGUCACUUCUGUAAAAAUUACCCAGGAGGCUAUGAGUGUGGCUGUAGACCUGGAUACACACCCAACGGCUGCACAUGUGAUGACAUUGACGAGUGUGUGUUCGAGACGUCUGGAUGUUCUCAGUACUGUGUAAACACCCUGGGCUCUUAUGAGUGUUUCUGUCAGGUGGGCUUCAGACUGGACUACGACCAGAAAUCAUGCUCACCUCUCUAUGAGAGGGAACUGGAGGAGGAGGAGGAGGAGGUGGAAGAGGAAGACGUGGUUGGCAGUGAAGAUGAGCCUGAGGUCCUUCGUUUGCCGGACUUGCUGUUCCGUCGCCCCCCUCAGCUGCUGCAUUACACCGCCGCUUUAAGCAGACCAUAUGAUGAUGACACACACACUUACUAUGCAGGACACCCGCACAACCAAGAACAGAGAGAGGAGCUGACCGUCAUCAGCAAGAUUAUGUGUGAGGAGGGAUCGUUCGGUGACGACUGCAGUGUGAGCUGUGAGGACUGUGCUAACGGAGGAGUGUGUGCAUUAGAGAAGGAUCGCUGUGUGUGUGCGCCCGGCUGGACUGGGGUCACCUGUAAUGACACUUGUGCUGAAGGCACAUAUGGUGUUCAGUGCAACAGUCUGUGUGUUUGUAAGAAUGGGGGCCGUUGUGACCCAGUGACGGGGAAGUGCUUGUGUCCUCCAGGGGUCCAGGGUCUGCACUGUGAAAACGGUUGUCCGCAGGGUUUCUAUGGGAGGUUCUGUCGGAGGAGGUGUAACUGCCCCAAUAAUGGACGAUGCCAUCGUCUGUAUGGGGGUUGUCUUUGCACACCCGGAAAAUACGGCAAAUUCUGCCACCUGCCAUGUCCCAAAUGGACCCAUGGUGCGGGUUGCUCGGAGGAAUGUGAAUGUUUGCAGGAAAACACUCUCUCUUGCGACCCCCUAAACGGCACCUGCACUUGUAAACCUGGUUACCAUGGCGACCACUGCAAGGCAGAAUGUGAUGACGGUUUCUUUGGCGAUGGCUGCCGUGAGCGAUGUAACUGCUCUGAUGGUGAUCCGUGUGACCCUAAAACUGGAGAGUGCCAGAAGAUGUGCCCACCCGGAUACCAUGGAGAGAAAUGCCAGCUGGUGUGCCAGGCAGGCUUUUGGGGCGUAGGCUGUGCCAAUGUGUGCCAGUGUGCCAGUGAUGCAGUAACCUGUGAGGCCAGCAGUGGGCGCUGUGUGUGUGAGGCUGGAUACACUGGAGAUCAGUGUGACAAGAAGUGUCCGGUGGGCCAGUAUGGAGCCGACUGUAACCAAGUGUGUGAGUGUGAGAAUGGAGCCGAAUGUGACCACAUCAGCGGAGCUUGUACCUGUACCCCCGGCUGGGUGGGUUCACAUUGUGAAAAGAGAUGUCCUGUUGGGUUUUACGGGCAGGACUGUGCGCAGAUGUGCCAGUGCGGGAACGAGGCCCAGUGUCACCACAUCACAGGCGCCUGCCGCUGCACCCCUGGCUGGGCACCGCCGCAAUGCAUUCUGGCUUGUCCAGCGGGUACAUUUGGUCCCAACUGCAGUCAAUCAUGUGACUGUCAAAAUGGAGGGUCAUGUGACCCAGUGAGUGGCCAGUGCCAGUGCACACCUGGGUGGACAGGAACCAACUGCCAACAGACCUGUGCAUCUGGAUGGAUUGGUAGAAACUGUGAGCAAAGAUGCAUCUGUCCAGUGGGCAUGGCCUGUGAUCAUGUGACGGGCAGAUGUGGAUGUCCUGCAGGGUACACUGGGAACAGCUGUGAAAUGAUGUGUCCUCAGGGCAGAUUCGGCCUGAACUGUUCUCAAGUGUGCACAUGUUCUGGAGAUCAGUACAGCUGUCAUCACGUCACUGGGAAAUGCAGCUGUCUACCUGGUUACUAUGGCAACCGCUGUCAUCUCAGAUGUCGAGAGGGCACCUACGGCCCCUACUGUAAGAAGAGGUGUAGAUGUGCUAAUGGAGGCCGAUGUGACUUCAGGACUGGCUCUUGCAUCUGCCAGCCAGGAUACUUGGGACCCAACUGCAGCACCAGUUGUCCCACAGGUCGCUACGGGAGAGACUGUGCUCAGGUGUGUUUGUGUGGAGAGAGAAGACAGUGCCACCCAGAGACUGGGAGGUGUAACUGCGCCCCUGGAAGAAUAGGACCGUCCUGCGAACAAGCAUGUCCUAGGGGGCGCUAUGGAGUUCAGUGUCGGAGUUUCUGUACGUGUGCGAACGGAGGAGUGUGUGACCCUGUGAAUGGGACGUGUAGAUGUGGGCUGGGCUGGACCGGACAACACUGUGAAAAAGUUUGUGUCCCAGGUCACUAUGGUGUGAACUGUGAGCAAGAGUGUGUGUGUAAUAAUAACGGAACAUGUGAUCGCUUUACGGGAUGCUGCUCUUGCCCGCCUGGAUACUAUGGUCCCGCCUGCCAACACAGAUGCCCUGCUGGCUUUUUUGGCAAGAUCUGUGCACAGUCAUGUGACUGUAAACACAGGCACCUGUGUGAUCACGUGACUGGACAGUGUGUGUGUCCUCCAGGUUACCAUGGUGAACAGUGUGAAAAACGUUGUGACGCUGGGCGUUUUGGGCGUGAUUGUGCAGAACUCUGUGAGUGUGAUGGGGCGCCCUGUGAUCCGACCACUGGACAGUGUCUCUGUCCACCGGGAAAGACAGGAGAACACUGCGAGAAAGUGUGUGACAGCAGGUUUUAUGGUCCAAGCUGUUCUUUCGUGUGUCAGUGUGCACACGGAGGCCAGUGUGACCAGCGCACAGGUCACUGCUCAUGUCCUCUCACCUGGCUGGGACCCACCUGUGAGGAAGUCACCACACAGACCCGACCAUUUCAGCUCAGACGUUUCUGAAAGCCUCAGUCUGAUGGACCCCUGAGCUGUUAAGGGCCUCCUGUCUGUCUGUGUGCUUCUAUAGAUCACGUGUCCUCUCACGUACAGAAGAGGCGACGGCGUGUUUCACACUCCUAGUCCCCAAGCACACACACACACACACUCCACUGAGAUCCCACCAGAAGGCGAGUGGCAUGGGUGGGUGAAUGAGUGUGUGAGGAUCUAUGUGACUUGUUAUUAUGGGUUUUUCCCCCAGACGAGCAAGCCACAGGAGAAUUAGUACGAGGAAGCAAUGCCGAAAAACACAGACACACACAAACAUCCCCUCUGGAUGCACACAAGACCACUGACAGGCUGUCACUGAUUGUGUGUGUAUGUGUGUGUCUUUGGAGAAGGGACACAUUGUGUGAAUGAGUGUUUUAAUGUGAAUAUCACACACACAACAUGGUGGACUAGUUUGACGUGACUUAAAAAAGCUUGUUUUGUGAGCUCUGUGUGUGUAUGUUUGUGCAUACACUCGCUAUUUCUUAUAAGUCCCACAUCAGACAGUCAAACCAAACCAUCCGAUCGGCCAAACGCCCACCGAGCCACAAACCCAGACCGAACUUCUCUAUUACGGGAUCAGAGUGAAGCCUCAACCACUCAUUUCUAUAGUACACACCACAAAUACACCACUAAAGUGGCACAUCAACACUCAAUGGGAUUACUGCCUUCCAUACAUACCAUAUGCAGUCUAAAAUGUACCUUGUAAACGUACACCAACACUAAAUUUAACUUUUUUUUUUAACUACAUUGUCUAUAAAGUCCUCGUUUCUGGUACUUUUAUGUUUUUUUUAAGUAAUAUGUAGCAUGAAUCAGGAACAUUUGUGCUAUAGAUAUCCUUUUCAAAUCCAUCUGGUUGGCUCCUGUGAGCGUGAUGUAUGUCCUGCGAUGCGAUUUCUGUGGCAGCCUGACUGUAAAUAUUCACAGUAUUGUCACCCAUCAUCAUGCCAUCUGAGGUAAAUUGUUAAAGCCGAGCUGUCCGACAGGAUUUAGACACAAUCUGAUGCUUGUAAACUGAACAGACAGUUACUCCGACAGACGUCUUACAUGCCAAACAAAUCUAAUCUUUAUAAAUUAUGGUUCUUAGCGCUCACUCAACAGUCUUUUACUGUAAAAAAAAAAUAAAAAAAUGCUGUAAAAAGUUUUUGUUCCUCUGUUCUGCCUUUGUUCCUCUCAGGAUGUUAUCAGAGUAAAGUAAAAUUUCCCUGUACAGUGAAAUGUAUUGGUUCUUAAACUUUUAAUUAAAUAUGUUUGUACAGAAAAUGUGUUUGUAAAAUGUUUUUGUUUUAACUAUACUGUAAAACUUUACACUGUAAACAUGAUUUUCUUACUCUAUAUUUUUGUCCUGUUUUGCACAACACAUCUUAAAGGAUUAGUUCACGUUCAAAUGAAAAUUACCCCAAGC